AUGGCUGCACAAGUUGAACAGCCCCAGGCGCCCACUGAGGUGCAGAGUGAACAGGUGCAGGUUGAGCACCCGCAAGAGCCGUUGGCUGCUGAUAACUUUGACGAUGAUGCUGAUACCGACUCUACCUUCUCUGGCUCGGACCUCGAGAGCUUGGAGUCACUCCGAUCAAGCGUUCUCCAGUACCAAGAAGAGAACGGCCGCACAUACCAUGCCAUGAGCUCCGGAAAAUACAACUUUCCCAACGAUGAGUCCGAAAGUGAUCGCCUUGACUUACAGCACAACCUUUGGCUUCUAACUCUCCAUGGGGAGCUUGGUCUCUGUCCCAAGGUCAGCGGAACAGCUAAGCGUGUUCUCGAUGCUGGCACUGGAACUGGUCUUUGGGCCAUCGAAUACGCCGAUGCUCAUCCCGAAGCCAAGGUGAUUGGUGUUGAUCUGAGCCCAAUCCAACCUACCAUGGUUCCACCCAACUGCAUCUUCGAGAUCGAUGACCUCGAGAAAGAAUGGACCUGGACUGAACCCUUCGACUUCAUCUUCGCCCGCACCAUGACCGGUUCCUUCGCCGACACCGAAAAGUUCAUCCAGAACUCCUUCGAGAACCUCGAACCUGGCGGCUAUCUCGAAAUGCAAGAUCUAACCUACCCAAUCGCGUGCGACGACUCAACCCUCCUCCCCGACAGCGCCCUCGUAAAAUCCGGCGCCCUCUCCAUCGAAGCCAGCGCCAAAGCCGGCCGCGCCAUCGACCUUGCGCCCAAGUACAAAGAGUUUUUCGAAAAGGCUGGUUUUGUAGAUGUUGUCGAGAAGAAGUUUCGUUGGCCUAUUAAUGAGUGGCCUAAGGAUAAACAUCAUAAGGAGCUUGGUAAGUGGUCGUAUGCUAAUAUGAACAAUGGGCUUGAAGGACUUUUGUUGGCGCUUUUUACGAGGUUUUUGGGGUGGACGGCUGAUGAGGUUAUGGUGCUUUGUUCGGCUAUGAGGAAGCAGCUUAGGGAUCGCAGUGUGCAUGCUUAUAUUCCUAUUUAUGUUGUCUAUGGCAAGAAGCCCGAGGUGGAGGUUCCUUCGAAGGAUGCUCAAGCCGAAGCCUGA